AUGAAAACACGAUCUGCCUCUGAAGAGCGCGCCAAGGUGCCGAAUCCUAGUGUUGAUGAAGAACCAGAAGGUGAUAAUGAUGAUGAUGAUAUCGCCGACACACAGUGCAGCCUCUUUGGCUGGCGACCUGCCUGGUUGCAGCGCUUCGCCACGGCCAAGUUCUUUGCCAUCAACUUCAGCAUCGUCGGCAUUCUCCAAGGGGCAAUGUUCACCUAUACGGUGGGCGUCAUCUCGACGCUGGAGAAGCGGUACGCCUUCGAGUCGAGCAUCAGCGGCUUCAUUCUGAUUGCGGACAACUUCAGCAGCAUGAUCGCCUCGCCGAUCAUCGGCUACCUCGGCUCGAAGUACAACCGCAGUGCGAUCAUCGCCGUGGGCGAGUUCAUCGUCGCCCUCGCCGGUCUGGCCAACUACAUUCCCUACUACAUCUACGGCGCUCGCAGUCACCUGGCAAACAGAGACAGUGGAAGAUCCGUUUUUGCCAACUCCACUGUCUCCUCUUCCGCCAACUCAGCCGCUUUCUCCAACUUUGAGCUGUGCAGUGCGGACAACGCCGACCCGGAGUGCAGCAGCGGCGCCCACGCGACGGUGAUCCUCGCGGUGGUCAUCUUCUGGAUCAGCAGCUUCCUCAACGGCCUCGGCUACACCGCCUUCUACACCAUCGGCCUGCCGUACAUUGACGACAACAUUCCGAAGAAGAACUCCGCCAUGUACAUCAGCUUCAUUGCCUCCAUUCGACUGUGCGGCCCGACGCUCGGCUUUCUCCUCUCCUCCUUCUGCCUCAGCCUCUACGAGAAUCCCUUUGUUGAUCCGGGCAUCACCAGAGAGGACCCUCGGUGGAUUGGCGCCUGGUGGCUAGGCUUCCUCAUUCUCGGCACGCUGGUGAUGAUCUUCUCCCUGCCGAUGCUCAUGUUUCCGCUCAAGUUCAGGGAGAUACCGAAGAAGAAGAAGGUGGCAGAUGCCGUCAAGGACGAUGAAGGGGUGGUAGCUCUGCCUCCUGCUGCUGCAGCUGCUGCUGACACUGCCGACACUGCUGAUAAUGGCGGCAAAAAGACCAAACAAGGAGUGGUAGUGACCAACAAGGCUGAGGAGAUCAAGUUUGAUGGCGCCUGGAAAUCGCUGAAACGCCUCUCCACCAACUACGUCCUCCUCUUCCACGUCUGGGGCGGCGUCUUUCGCAUCAUCGGCCUCCUCGGCUACUACAUCAUCAAGCCGAAGUACAUGGAGCUGCAGUACCGGCAGACCGCCUCCAGCGCCUCGCUCUUCACCGGCGCCACCGGCGUCGUCACCAUGGUCAUCGGCAACAUCUGCGGCGGCCUCUUCAUCAA